UUUGAAAGAAGAAAAGCCUUUGGUUAUCCUCUCUGGUCUCUCUGACACAAAGAGUAGAGAGAGAGAGUUUACGGAGAAUCGAGCUGGAAAAACGGCGACGUAUUCGAGGAAUACGAGCUCUGGUAAUGGAGUCUGAAGCUGUAUAAGUAGCUUCUGGAGGUUUCUUCAGUUCAGUACUAUUGAGCUCGUCUUCUUUGGUUCCGAACGAAAAUGGCUAUUGGUGGUUUGAUUUCGAACAGGAUUUUCGGUUUGUUUGUUGGCUCAGUCUCUACAACAAAACAAGCAGUUUCACAUCAGAGAACAGAGCGCUCAGGGCUCAAUUUAUGUACUCCAAGGAUUAAUGGUCCUAGAGCUGGAUACACGUAUGCUAGAGUUUUUCAUGCUACUAGCUCUUCAGAUAAGAACCAAGUGAAGUCAAGAGGAGCUUUCAAUGAAAUUGAUCACCCUUCAUUAAUGUCACUGCAAUCCGGUAAAAGCUGUGGCAGCAACAUUCCUAAGCAAAGAACUAGAGUGAAAUGUGAAUGCUAUCUUUCUUCAAAUCCCUCUUGUAGCAGCUGGUGUCAGUCCAAAGUGUUGGACAAGCUUGAUAUAAGAAAUGGACAGUAUUAUAAGUCUAAGAAUGUUAAGACCAACAGGAUCCGCGCUUACUAUAAGUCUGAGGAGGAUGAUAUAACAGAGGCAAAAGUUGACGCACUGCCAGCGAUGGAGGGGUCCGGUGAAGCUGUUUUGGUUGAGGGGGAUUUACCGAAAGCAUGUCCUUGGUGGCAGCAAUUUCCUAAGCGCUGGGUGAUUGUACUCCUCUGUUUCGCAGCAUUCUUAUUGUGCAACAUGGACCGUGUGAAUAUGAGCAUUGCAAUACUUCCCAUGUCUAAGGAAUUUAACUGGAACAGUGCAACAGUUGGCCUGAUUCAAUCCUCUUUUUUCUGGGGCUAUCUACUUACCCAGAUUCUUGGAGGCAUUUGGGCAGAUAAAAUUGGUGGGAAACUAGUGUUAGGUUUUGGAGUUGUCUGGUGGUCAAUAGCAACCGUUUUGACGCCUAUUGCGGCAAGAAUUGGGCUUCCUUUUCUGCUUGUUAUGCGUGCCUUCAUGGGGAUUGGCGAGGGUGUUGCCAUGCCUGCUAUGAAUAACAUACUAUCUAAGUGGAUUCCCGUGUCAGAGAGAAGCAGAUCUUUAGCGCUUGUGUACAGUGGCAUGUAUCUUGGUUCCGUCACGGGGUUGGCUGUUUCCCCUGUUUUAAUCCACAAGUUUGGAUGGCCAUCUGUAUUUUACUGUUUUGGCUCCCUUGGAAGUGUCUGGUUUGCUUUAUGGCUAAAAAAAGCAUAUAGCUCACCGAAAGAAGAUCCAGAACUUGGUGAGGAAGAGAAAAAGCUUAUCCUGGGGGGUAGUGUAUCCAAGGAACCUGUUUCAGUCAUUCCAUGGAAGUUAAUUUUAUCAAAAGCACCUGUUUGGGCUCUUAUUAUCUCCCACUUCUGCCAUAAUUGGGGGACCUUUAUUCUUUUGACGUGGAUGCCUACAUACUACAAUCAGGUUUUGAAGUUUAACCUGACUGAAUCUGGCCUUCUCUGUGUUCUACCAUGGUUGACAAUGGCUGUGUUUGCCAAUAUAGGAGGUUGGAUUGCAGAUACACUUGUGAGCAGAGGUCUUUCCAUAACAGCAGUCCGUAAGAUCAUGCAAUCAAUAGGUUUUCUAGGACCGGCCUUCUUUCUUACUCAGCUCAGCCAUGUUAGGACUCCUGCCAUGGCUGUACUAUGCAUGGCUUGCAGUCAGGGAUCUGAUGCUUUCUCACAAUCCGGUCUAUAUUCCAAUCACCAAGACAUUGGACCACGCUAUGCUGGAGUGUUGCUAGGACUGUCAAACACAGCUGGAGUACUUGCAGGUGUCUUUGGUACUGUUGCAACUGGUUUAAUACUCCAACGAGGUUCAUGGGAUGAUGUAUUCAAGGUGUCCGUUGCCUUGUACAUCAUAGGAACACUAGUCUGGAACUUAUUUUCGACCGGAGAGAAAGUUCUUGAAUAAACAAUUGUAAGAGUGGAAGAAAGGUAAAGUACGUACAGAGGUGAAACUUUACAUAAAAAAAAAAAAAAAAAAAGGAAAGGAAAUCAACCAAAGGGAAGAUUCUGCUGAGAAGGUUACUGAUAUUUUAACAACUUGUGAAGCCCAAAACUUGCUCCUGACAAGUUUUGGGGUUUGUUGAGGAACUCGUUUUUACAGGUUUAAUGCUUCUUUUUAAUUUGAUCACAUGAUUUCAUUUUAGAGAACUUUUGUGUAACCUGCUCCCAUGAACCUUUUCUUUCUUUCCCAUGCAAUGCUUAAAGUGCUGAGCCC